AUGAGAGAGGAUGAAUUGAUGAAAAAUAUUAAGCCGUUCAAUGCUCUUUAAACUAUUAUGAUGCUUAGCAAUAUUGCUAAUUUAACUGUAAUUCACCAUGAUUAAAGAUUUGAUCUCAACUAUGAAAAAGAAGAUGACCCAGAACCUAAACCUGCUGCUUAUGACAACUUUGUAGCUAAUAUUGAAUUCAAAUAAAGAACAAGGUAGAUGCAUUUUCAAAGAGAAAUGGUUUAAAGUGACUCCUCAUAGUAUUUAGGGACAGAAUCAAGAAUGAGUUCUAGAAGACUUAUGGCUCUAAGGAGAUAAACAUCUAAGCUAACACAUACCCUCAACAGAAGAUCCUCUUUUAAUAUUUCUGAGAAGAGUUCUCCAGAUAACACUGGCCGCAAGAAAAAUAAAGAUCAUCACUUAGAUUUAGCAUUGCUGCGCUAAAUAAAACUCGAUCCUCCUGAGAAAAAACCUUACGAGAUAUUAGAUGAUCAGACAUAAAACUAAAUAGAGAGGUUACGAAACUAGCAACGGAAAAAGGAGUAAUUAAGGGAAUACUAGAAAAAGAGAAGCAAGUAAAAGGUAUCUGUCCUAAAUAGAUAAAUUUCAAUUUAGAAAAGAGAUCUUAAAGAAGAUUCAGCAAACAAUACCAUGUACCUAAGUGAUCUGCAUUUUUUCAACACUAAUGAAUCGAUAUCAAAUUUAUUCGAAGCUAAAAUUCAUGGUCAUGAACCUAUUGCAGGAUAAAAAGUAACCAAGGUUAGGACAGAUCGACUUCCAAAAUAAUAUUCUGAAGCUGUCAAGACAUAUUUGGGCUAAAAUGCUAUAUAACAAGAAACUGAUCUAUCAAAGCUUUUGAAGGCGAUUCAAAUGAAGCGGUAAGAGGAGAAAAAUGGAAUGCAUAAUUUCGACAUCACAUAGAAUAAUCAAUCUGUUGAAUAAUAAGUUCAAGAUUUAGACAAUUUAAUGUAAAGUAAUGGACUGAGAAGCAAUCAGGUAAUUCAACUAUUAGAUUAUUAGGUACCUCUGAGAAAAAUAUUACAGAUGAACUAUGGAGUCAUCUAUAGAGAGAAAUAAGCUUAUCUCUAAGGAGAAAACUACUCCAAGAAACCUUCAACAAAAACAUAGCACACAAGAGAAUAGUUCUAUCGAUUAUCAAAUUAAGUAGAGAGAAGAUAUCUAAGGUCAAAUGAGCUCAUCAAAAGUUUAACUAGAUUGUUUAAAGCUGAAAACAUGUCUUAGAGAAACACGCCUAAUAGUUUUCUGACACCAAUGACUCCUAAUACUGAGCAUAGUAAUCACCCUGCUUUAUAAAGCUAAUAAAAGAAAGUUAAAUUUGGCAGAACUAGAACUAACUCUCGAUCAAAAAUUAACAUAUCAUCUCCAGAACAGGUUAAUUCCCUAUAUGAGUUAAAUUAGGACGAACUUGAUUAAUUUCAGUCUAUGAUAAUCUCUUACAAAGAGAAGUAAUUGAAUAGAUCUAGCUUCUAGCUGCCAAAUUUAAAUUCAGAGAGAUUUGAUGAAACCAUCAUGAAUUCAUAGAUAUUACCUUAAACAUAGAUACCCAGAAAAAAUCACAGAUUUUUAGCAAAAUCAACUGCAAAUUCAUAGAAUAACAGCCCUAGAAAUCAAUCUCCUAGGUCAAAAGAUAUUAUUCGGAAAAUGAUGAAUAGAACUGAGAUGUAGAACGCACUAUCAGGAUUCAUCAAAGAUAAGCGAAGUUCUAAAGCUAGAGAAUCGAAACUUAGAUAAUUCACAAUGAGUGCUAUAUUCUAAUAUGAACAUUGA